CAAAAACAAGAAGAGGGAGGGGGCUGAGAGAGAAAUGGGGGACAGGGAGAGAGAAAGAGAAUAGCUGCGGGUUACUGAGAGAGCAGCCAGAUACAUCAGGAGACAGCCAUGUAAAACACUGAGAGAACAAAGUGCUAUGCUGCGUGCACAGAAAGGAGAUGAGGGUGCUGCAGACAGGUCAUAAUGAGUGAAAUAGGCGUUUUAUACCAGAGGAGAGUGAGGGGUGAUUAAGCGGGCAGGAUAUAGCUAUACCUACACAUCAAAUAGCUGCACAGGAAAAAGGGGAGGGAAGCAGCAGAGAGUGACUGCUGGAGAUACUGCUACACACACAGCGGCGGCAGCAGCAGCAGCAGCAGCACAGGAGAUACCCAGCACUGCAGCAGUCUCUCACACGCCAGACUAGAGGGGACACAUCUCCAGAGAGAGAGAGAGAGAAAGUGCAGCCACACAGGGGAAGUCUCUGCAGGGGAGACAGCCUGAUUCAAACAUCAGGGACAGAGAGACGAGCCGCAGUAAUACGCACAGAGAGAGUGGACCUUUGUUUAUCUGCAGCAGCAAUUGAUAACACAGCAGCCUGGUGCACAGGAUAGUACACGGCAUAGGGCGCUGUGUGUGGCUGCUGGCAGACCUGGGCACACUCACGUUAUAUACGGGGGGGAGUGCGCCCUUUACUCGCUGGAUAUGGGCUCAGAGGCUGAGGGUCUCUCCAGGCUGAGGAGGGGGCUACUGGAGAAGAGCCCGGGCUCUGCUGGGUGUUAGUGCUCCCGGUACUCUGCGCUUCACCCUCUCCCUCCCGUCCUGCCUGACAAGACUGAGGAUCCGCCGCCUGGGACUCACUCUCUGCAAUGGAAAUCCUGUAAAUCUGGCCUGUUUGGGGUACUUGAGGAUUGGAGUUGAAAACCACUGUCAUGAAGCGUUUGUGAUGUCACUCAGCUUGGGUAUAAAAAUUGAGUGCUGGAUACAGAAUAUACUGUAUGCUGUAUUCUUGUGGCUCUAACAUGACAUAAUCUAAGGAUGAAGAUGAGGUGGCACAAGAUGUUCCUGCUGCUUUGCAUGGCUGGCCUGUGUGUGAUCUCUGUCCUCCACUUCCUGAAAGCCCUGUCUUACGUUUCCGUGUCCCGUGAAUUGGUCGCUCUAAGUCCCAACUUCAUUUCUGGCUUCUUCUGGGAGUCUCGCCCUUUGAUGCCUCAACAUUCAGAGAGAAGUGAUGAUGGUACCCAGGUAUUGCGCACCGCUGGCUACUACCGACCACCUCAGAUCUUGCCUCAGCAACCCAAACCACCUCCUUCAAGACAUGAUGAAGGUAUAAACACAGAUGAAUUGCAUCUGAAAGAAUAUGUUUUGCAGGAAGAUACAACAGAGUAUUUUGUGCGGACUAAAUCAGGCGGUGUAUGUUUCAGACAAGGAACAAAGUCACUGGACCGCUUACCUUCUGAAAAACCAGAAAGAACUUCUGUACGUAAGGUAUCACCUGGUGUUGCUCGGCAGCAGCAACCGCAAACACAGCGGCGCAGGAAAUGGGUGGAGUGUGUGUGUUUGCCUGGCUGGCAUGGACCUAGUUGUGGGGUUCCCACAGUUGUUCAGCACUCCAAUCUUCCCACAAAGGACCGGCUAACGCCACGUCUAAAACCACGUCGUGUUAUCAAUGCCAUCAACAUCAACCAUGAGUUUGAUCUUCUAGAAACACGAUUUCAUGAGCUGGAUGGGGCUGUUGAUGUUUUCUUAAUAUGUGAAUCGAACUUUACAGCCUAUGGGGAGGCUCGUCCUCUCUUAUUUCGCCAAAUGCUCCUAAAUGGAUCACUUGACUAUAUUAAAUCCAAGGUGGUCUAUGUUUUCUUAAACCAUUUCCCAGAAGGUGGGAAGCAGGAUGGGUGGAUAGCCGAUGACUAUCUGCGGACAUUUCUGACUCGGAAUGGGAUUGGGCGAUUACGCAACUUGCGAGAUGAUGACCUCUUCAUCAUAGAUGAUGCUGAUGAAAUUCCCAGCAGAGAGGGUGUACUAUUUCUUAAGCUAUACGAUGGGUGGACAGAACCCAUUGCUUUCCACAUGCGCAAAUCUCUCUAUGGCUAUUUUUGGAAGCAGCCGGGUACUUUGGAAGUGAUUUCUGGCUGCACCAUUGGAAUGCUUCAUUCUGUGUAUGGCACGGAUGGCAUCCGCCUGCGACGGCGGGAGUACUAUACAAUGCCCAACUUCCGUCAGUAUGAGAACAAAACUGGGCACAUUUUGGUUCAGUGGUCUUUGGGAAGCCCUUUACACUUUGCUGGGUGGCACUGCUCUUGGUGCUUUCCACCAGAAGGGAUCUAUUUUAAGUUGAUAUCUGCACAAAAUGGGGAUUUUCCAAGAUGGGGGGACUAUGAAGACAAAAGAGACCUAAACUACAUCAGAUGGCUCAUAAAGACAGGGGGCUGGUUUGAUGGGACCAAGCAAGAAUACCCAGCUGCCGACCCACAUGAGCACAUGUAUGCCCCAAAAUUUAUCAUAGAAAACCCCCAACGUUUUGGAUACUUACUUAAAAACCCUUAUAGCUGAGGUGUUUGGGAGACGAUAAUGCUGAAAAUGGUACGAGUAUCUUCAGCCACUUGGAAUUUACACUUAGAUUCUUAUGUUUGUUUCUUUUGCUCCCUCGUGGAUCCACUGGAAAGGAGAUUCUCCACUAACCAGAUUGGAACGUAAUAACUUUGACCCAUUGAGACUAGUGGUAUACUGGCUGGUCACUUUUUUUUUUGUAUGGUUGUAACUGAGGGAAUGAAAUUCUCAGGAGAUUGAUGGUGGUAAUAGUUACCCAACAAGUGAGUGGUAUUCCAACAGUGAUACCCCAGUCUAAUGUUUGUUUUGUCAGUGCAGCUGUUUAUGCAACAUUAUAUGUUUACAUAUCUUUCCUGUUAUCUCUUUUGAUGUCUUAGGGAAUCAUCAAUGCUUUGCCAGAAAUAAUAUACUUGAGUAUGACUAUGCACUUCCAGGUUCAACACUGAAAAACCUACUUUUAGAAACUCUUUGGGGAUUUUCCAGAAAUUUCCAUAGUUUCUAGACACUCCGUGAAAGCAAAUGGGUUACAUUUUAUUAACGCUUAUUAGCAAGAUCCUGGAAAUACAUUGUUAUACUUCUCGGCAACAUGAUCAAGCUGAAAGGUUGCUAGAUAUCUCCAACUUCAUCAUCACUGGUGCCAAUGCAUUGUAGGCCUAAAGGGAUGGGAAGAAUGGCAGUGUAGUGGUAAAUAUGAAGGGAUAGUGCACUUUUUUUGCUGCGCCUUGUUGUCCUGCACAAGGCAUUUAUCUUUUGUUGCCAAAUGAUAAAUAAGAGUACAUUAUGUACAAAUCCUUAUCAAAAUAUAAACAUAUUUUAGUGGAAACAGGAGGCAUCUGUACUGCAGUUAUUAUAUAAUUUUUGACAUAAGAAAAUCUUUGUCUUUUAUGGGUCUUGCUGCUUGUUCUAUAGCAACCUUAUCUUCUGUAGUAACACAAGCAGAAAAAACACAUCUGACUCCAAGCUUCAGUUUACAUUUGAUAAAAAUUACAUCACAAAUCAAGCUGGUUGCCUGAAUUUUGAAUUUGAAGCUGAAAGGUUUAGUUUUUUGCAUCUGGUUUACAUGGGCUGCCGAGCCGAAACAGAUGACCCUGUAAUAACCCACUUUAAAUACAUCACUGUCAAAAUAGGAAGCUUUGACAGUAUGGGAAGUUAUAUCUCUGACACUUCGCACUUUUUAGAAAUUAUUAUAAAUAUAAUAGAAGAGUCUGCAUCCAGUUUCAAUGUGGAUUAAGUAAAGAUAAUAUUAUACUCUAUGCUUGCAAAGGGAAUAUGGUUUGCACGAUUAUGGGUUUAUUUAAAAGGGAAUUGCCAUUAUAUGACAGUCUGCUCAUAUUAGAGCCCAUGUGGGUGAGAAUAAUGCUUUUAGUUGCAAAGAUUAUUUUGCCGUGUUUGAGUGACAUAGGGGGAGAUUUAUCAGACUUUCUAAAUGUGAAAAAUCAAGGUGUUGCCCAUAGCAGCCAGUCAAUUGUUAGCUACGAUUUAUCUACUACUUCCUAGAGCCUAAUACCUAGAAUCUGAUUGGUUGCUCUGGCAACACCUCCAAUUUUCCUUUUUUAGAAGGUUUGAUAAAUCACACACAGAAUCACUAAACUGUAGACGUCACAUGACAGAACAAAGGCGGCAUUUGGUAUAUGUAGAAAAUGCAGAAAAUAUGUAGAAAAUGCUGUUUAACUUUGAGAGAAAUGUGAUGUCGUCAUGGUAAAUUGGAUGUGGAUAAGAUGUGGGCAUUAUCAACGGUGUGUUUCUGACUACUAUGUACACUGUUAAUUAAGGAUGUCACAUGGCAAAGGAUUAAGAUUAACAUAAAGGGUCUCAUCCUGCCAUUUGUUCUAUUCCCCUGUUUGUAUUUUUGUGUCUUGAUUUAAAAUUCACAUUUGUUUUAUAAGCUUUAAAUUAAUUUAUUGGUUUCUAAGAGUUUUGAUAUUUGCAUUCAGCCUUUCAAAGCGUGCUUUCCAACUGAAAACCCACACAUCAAGGGCUUUUGCUAUUCAUUCCUGAGGACUCCUGGAAAUUCCUCCUUUUAAGAAAACAAAGUUAAUCACCAAUUAUUGAUUUGCAAAUCCUUGCUAUAUCAUUAUUUUUAUGCUAAGUUAUGAAUGAAAUGAAGAACUUAUGAACUCCUGUCAACAUCUUUCUGGCAACAAGAUUACCUUAGUACGUUUUUAGGAACACAAAAUUAAAAUGAUAUUAAUGACCCUGUUUUAUAUUGCUAAAAAAUUCAAAUGUGCUUAGCAUCAUAAGUGAUUUAUUUCAAACAUUAGCCAUCAGAGGAAAUACGAAUAAUGAUUUGUAAAUAGUUGUCAGUAAAUCAUGAAUAUAGAAACAUGGUAGCAUACUACAGUAACUAUAGCAACAUGCACUAAUGCCAGACAUCAAUGUAUGCUUGUAUGACCGUUUAUAAUAGCCUAGAACGGUAAGUUACCAUGCAACAAAGGUAGACAUACAUGCAUAGGCUGGUAUUCUGAAUGCUGAGUGACAGUUACAGGAAAAUAUACUGUACACUAUCCAUAGUUGGAUACUUUGUAUUUAUUUCCGCUAGGUCUUGGCAGUAAUAUAAAGUGCUCAUACGGAAUUGAGCUGUUUGUAUACUGUAUAGCUAUAAUCAGGCACGGCAGAUGCAUUUUGGGAGUUUGUGUGUUGCCAACCUAAGCACUAAUCCAUAACAGAUUCUACACAUAGGGGAUUAUAUGAUGGUGCUGGGUGCAAAAAUGUGCAGGUACCCAUGUAAUCCAGUCACAUUCUGUUUUGUUAGUGUUUCAAAAUAAAAGCAUAAGUAACAGCACAUUUUCACACAAAGCAAAAUAAGAAUAUAAACUGUCUUGUUAAUUGUGCCGUAUAUACUUAUAGGGCGGUUACCCAAUUAGCCUCGGUAAUUUACCAAGGCUAAUUGAUUCGCCUGGGGCUAUCCAAGUAGCCCAAACAGCCGACACUUACUGGAGGUUUGGUUCCGCCUGUCUAAGGCAGGCAAAACGAAAUCCCUCAUAAAUAUACUUCAAAUCUGCGAUAUUUGCUGCAAAAACACACAGAUCCGCAGCUUUUUGCAGACCCUGUGAAUUUUCAUAUUAAAACGGAGGGUUUUCAAAGGGAACAAUCGGAUAGGGAAAUUUAAAAAAAAGAUUUGCAAAAAGACCCACACAAUUUUUCACGUGUGCAAACUUAUCAGGGAUAGUAAGAUACCCCCACACCCACCCAAAGUGUCAUCCUCUAAUAAUGCUUAGGCACUAUGCAACCUCACCCCUGAUUACACUGUCAAACUGUCAGCAUCUAUAAUCCAAAGCUAUGUGUCAAUAAUAUGAAACAUUAUGAAAGGGAGUUAUAUCAUUUUACAGGUAGGGAAUCCGGUUACUACUGAAAGAAAGGCUGCUAUUUCCACUUGGCUUAUCCCCACAUAUCAUUUUUCAUUUUAAGUGUUUUAGCUUUAUUAGAUGAGGGCAGUGUGGAAACACACAAUGCCUGUUUAAUCCAAACGAAACCAUUAUUUUGUUUGUCAGAGGGAACGUUGUACAGUAUUACAAAUAUCUGCCAAAAAUGGAAGAAAUUCUGCAAACCUAUCAAAUAAACUGUUACAACCAAAGUGCUCUUUGAUGGUUCUAGGAAAGUUCUAAUUGCCCUGCUCCAAACAAUCACAGGCUGUAUACUAUAUGUUGGCACACUUUGUCUUUGUUUAUAUUGUCCCCUUUGUAAAGCUCUCAGACUUUCAAGGGACAGUGUCAUAAAAAUGUGAUUGUCUUAAUCAGCUGUGUAAAAUAUAAUUUAAUUUUUCAAUUCACCAUUCUAGGGAAAGUCAUGAUUUCUCAUUUCUUUUGCUAAAAUUCUCAUCCACCUCAACAGGUUAGCUAGGAUGUCUUUACAGAUUCCGCCAUCAUUGUUAUUGAUGGUCACUAACUAAUAGUUUGCCAUAUACGUAUUUUAGUCAAAAUGAUAAAGGAUACCUGUCACCUAUACGCAGUGGAAGCUGCCAUGUUGGGCACUGGUUCUUAGUGAAUAAAUAAACUGCACACUUAUGAAUAGUGGCUCAGCACUCGGGAUCAGUAUGUAUUACCGACGGUUUGGAUGCGGGCCGUCAUUAUGCCGGCAGCAGGGCGAGCGCUGCCGGCUUGGUGGCUCGCUGCACUUUCCACAGGUUCUAUUCCCACUCUCUGGGUGUCUGGUACACCCACAAGUGGGAAUAGCCCCUGUGAGCCGGAAUUCCGGCUGACGGCAGUCGGUAUUCCGGUGUCGGCAUCCCGAUCGCCGGGAUACCGACUGCCGGCAAUUUAACUGCAUCCCCAGCACUCACAUUAGCUGUCUCCACUCUGUGUCAAACACAGGUGCACUUUAACUUUUGAAUGUUCUCUCUCAGCAAUUGGCAUCUUAAUCAGCAGGAAGACUCCUACAAUGUAAAUUAUGCAAAAGAGGAAAAAAAAACGUUUCUGUUCAAUUAUCAAUAAAUGACAUAUAUAUGAUUGCAUGUAAUAUAAGUGGUGUGUGUACAUAAUGUAUAUGUGUAGAUAUAUGUAAAAAUCUAUUUUUGAUUUCUCAAUGAUACAGACACAUAAGUCGCUAUAUGUAAAUAAAGAUCGUGAACAUUUGAA